AUGGAUGUGGAUGACAAGCUAGUCAAACAUAUGCUCAGUUCUGACACAGAAAACAAACUAGAGGACAAGGUUACAAAGGAGGAAACUAAUGGAUUGACUACAGAUCCCAAGUCUGAAGACAAAGAGAGCUCAGACAAUAAUGCUCACAAUGACAACAAUUUGAAGGGUAAGGAGGUUUUGUCUGUGUUAGUAGAGGGUCAAUCUGGUAAUUGUAAGGCAACAGUAGAGGAGCUUACAAAAGUAAAGGAGGAUGAAGCUACUACUAGGGCUAAAGUGAAGGUAGAGGCUGAGAAAGUAACACAGGCUAAGGUUAAGGAAGAGGCUUGGGCUAAGGCAAAGAAGGAGAAGGAGAGAGGAAAGGAGAAGGAGAAGGAGAAGGAGAAGGAGAAGGAGAAGGAGAAGGAGAAGGAGAAGGAGAAGGCUACAGCCUUAGCACAGUUAGCAACAAAGCAGAAGGAUAGGAAGGAAAAGGAGAGGUCCAAAAGUUCUGAUGUUGUCACAAACACAGAAAGGUUAAAGGUGGUAGUAGAAAAGGGGAACAAGCUAGGUACAAAUUAA